GAGGGGCAGAGCUGAGAGAACGCUGCACAGUCACUGGGACACAGUGCUGAGGGAACCCUUUGCUGUCAGAAGGGCAGAGUUGAUCGAUUUGCAUACGGUUUAAAGGACCGCCGGGAUAGAUUGAUACGUUGCCAGAAGUACAGGGGCAGUUAUACACAACCAGAGAAACAUUGAUUUUCGAGCAUAUCCAGUGAUUGUCUGCGAGAUGGUCCGGUUGUGCGAGAGAGUCAGGCGGUAUUUGACAUUUGUUACUGGGAUCAUAGAGUGCCUAGGCUUCGCGGGGUUGCUCUAUGGAUGGCCCUCCCUUGUGUUUGUUUUGAAGAAAGAAGAGUACUUUGCUGAUCUCUGCCUCUCGUUGCAUAACACCAGCGAUUCUGGAGCGAGGAAUGUCACUGAUUGUGAUUUGCAGGAUGAACGAUUCACGCUGAUCUUCACAAUUGCCGCUUUCGUCAUGCCUGUCACUACCGUGGCCAACGGCUUCCUGCUCGACUACUUCGGUACUGUGGUCACUCGUCUCCUGGCUAUAUUCAUAUACACAACUGGUACGUUGCUGAUCACGUUUUCCGCCACUGCUUCACCCACGCUGCUGUUCCCCGCUCUCUCAUUUGUGGGAGUGGGAGGAAUCACCUUGCUCUUCACAAACAUACAGGUUGGAAAUCUAUUUGGGAGCAAAAGAUCGACUGUCAUCACGUUGUUCAACGGGGCCUUUGAUUCCUCCGCAGUCGUCUUCUUGGUGGUCAAGCUGGUGUAUGAAGCUGGUUUCUCAUUGAUGUCAAUCUUCUUGUUCAUCAGCUGCCUAAGCUUCAUCCAUGUCCUUCGCACCAUAUUCCUCUUUCCUCGGAGACACAUUCCCUACCCUCUGCCUGAAGGGUAUACUUACGGAGUAAAUUGCGCCAUGUUUCGAUGCAGCGCACUCUCAAUGAACUCUCGCCGGGAAGCGGCUGUGUCCGAGAAGGGCCAGAGGGACGAAUUGGGGGAAGGAUACGCUGUCAAUGGAAGAGAGGACACGGAAGGACACGUUAGAGUGCGAUGGAAACAGACGGAAGAAGAAGCUGCAGAUGGUGGGGCGGAGACGAAUGGACACUACAGACUGGAAUGGGGAAAAACGGGAAGACACUCCGGGGAAGGGAGGGAAGAAACGGAGGGAGACAUCGGAGAUAAUCGACAAGAGGCAGAGGGAGAUGAAAGGAAGGAAGUGAAAGGCGACGAUGAAAUGGGAAGGGUUGUUGGGGACCCCAGAAAGACAAGGAUGAAUGUUGCGGUCGAUGUAUCAGAGACUGAUGGAAAUACCGCAGAAGGGAGGAUGAAGAUGGACAAAGAGAAACUCAAAGAGCUCGAAGAGAAAAUGCGAGAGGGGACUAAAGGGGGAAUCAGAGAAAAAAACAUUGGGGUUGGAGCGGGUUCGGAUGAAAUAGAAAGUCACGAAGCGCAAAAGGAAACUGAGGGAGACCUUAGAGAAGAAAGUGGAGAGAUGGAAUCAGAAAGAGAUGACGGAUCGGUGGACAGAGUGCGAACUACGGCGGAUGGACCUGCACAGUCGACUAACGCUGGUGAUCUGCAGCCCAGUGGACCAGAAGGCUCGUUGAACAAUGAGAAAGAAGAAGGGGUCCCCACCUUCCGGAAUUGCGUCUUCUCCAGCCUCUUCCUCACGCAGCUGCUUUGGGUCUCAGUCAUUCAGCUGAGAUUAAUAUUGUUUAUCGGGACGAUAAAUCCUAUGUUGGAUUUCCUGGCGGACGGCGAUCCCGGGCAAGUCAGCAAGUUUACAAACGUCCUUGGUAUUAUCCAAUUAUGCGGCAUCUUGUGCGCGCCAUGGAAUGGGUUGAUCUUCGACCGACACAAACGGAGAAACAAGCGGUUGGACACAUCAGGCUCGGCUGUCUCUGAGAGAAUGGCGGACAUGCAAUCGGCGGUGCUGUCUCUCGCCAUUACCGUCACGUUCUCUGUCGCCUUCACGGUGUGCGCCGCCAUCCCCGUGUUGGAGGUUCAGUACCUGACCUUCAUCCUGCUAACGGUCAGCCGCGCCUUCCUGUACGGCGGACUCAGCACGUUCAUCGUCAUUACGUUCCCUCUGUGUCACUUUGGGAAAACCUUGGGGAUGACGCUGGCUCUGGCAGCCGUGGUGUCUCUGCUCCAGUAUCCCUGCUUUAUCCUCGUCAAUGGACCCUUGCUGGGGAACCCUUUAUACUUAAACAUCGCACUCAUCGCACCGGUAACAUUGAGUUAUGUCCAUCCAAUCAAUGUGUAUUUCUACUGCCGACGGGAAACCCGCAGACGGAUACUCGAAGCUACACCAGUUCCUGCCCAACAAUGAUGGAUAUCUGAUCCGGACAGGGCGG